ACACAACAAAACGUUGUUAACCUGACCGUUGUAUAGAUAGCUGGACUAGUGCUUGCGUAUAAUCCCAUACAGACUAAUUUUUGUGUCGGUGGAUCGUUUGUGUAUAUUUCACGCUGGAGCCUUAUCUGUCGAGCUUUUGUUAUGGUAAACUAACCAUUUGAAAGAACAAAUAUAUUAUCAAUAUUGUUGAUUGUCACUCCCGGACUAAUAAAAAGGUGUUACCUUUGAGCUGCCAGCACCUGCCUUGUUAAUCGUAUACGUUCGUUUGAAGUUAGUCGUUCUUUGGCGAUAUAUAUCCUGGUAUUGUAUAGCAGUGCCGGUAAAUGGUCAUUUUCGUUAAUAACCCUUGUUGUGCAACACAGAGCUUUUAAGGAUCCUGUCUCACAUACCUUGGGAAUGUCGUGCAACUCCAUGUAUUGAUCUUUAUAAAAAACGAAGAUGGCGCAUCACGGUUACCACUCGGAUAAUACGCGUGCUACCCAUGAUUCUCACGGUUUUCCAAUGAUGUUUCCUGGACAUUCAGGUCCUCACGGACCUGCUAUGCAUCAGAUGCAUUCAAACUAUAUGCCUGGUUCAGCUCCUUCCAUGGCUGGCCCUUAUCCAAUGAGCUACACCCAGUACGGAAAUUCAAGUCCAGGUUGGAGACAAAAGGGGUCUCACGAUCGAACAUACGGUGCUCCAUACAGACAACCAGCGCCUGAUGCGCGUCCUCGCAAAGGUAGACCAGUUAGGGGACAGUAUGGCGGUGCGGUGAGAACAGCGCUCCUGUUAGAAAAUGCAGUCGACGAUUACCGAUUUGUUGAUGAGGACAUUAGGGAGCUGUUCAGUAACUUUGGUGGGAUAAGCAAGUUACAGAUACAUCCUACGCUCGCUGUGGCGGAAAUCACGCAUAUCGAUGAGUCAGGUGCGAUGGCAGCGAUAAAUGAGCUUAAUGCCCUGACGAUACCAGGCGUGGGAACGUUGAAGUGUGUUGAGCUGCGCAGCGGUCAAACAAUAGAUAGCCUAAUCGCAAACAUGCAGCCGUUUGACCAUCGUCGUCAUCCUAAAGGUUACACAGCCAAUCCGUAUAGUGAUACGCGCCAUGGCACUGCAUAUUCCUCACCAGCCCCUGUUUACGCAAGAGUAGCGCGUUUGGAGUUGGUGGAAUUGUUUUCUUUUGAACCUGAAUUUGAUGUUACCACUGCAAUCCUCGGGCCGCAGAACGGUAAUAUAGAGUAUAUAAUGAGGAACUCUGAUGGUGUGGUGGACAUCGCAAUAAAAGGUAAACCCUUGAAUUCUGCACCGCCUAUCGAUAGAUUACAUGUAUGCCUGUCCUCGCAUGACCUGAAUGCCUACUUCAAAGCGCUGCACAUGCUGGAGGAUCUCCUGACGAGUGUAUGCGAAAAGUUCGUGGCCUUUGCACGUGGUCAAGGUCACCACGUUCCGAGUUCUGUAGGAUUUCGUCGACAUGAAUACCAAGGCGUAAAUGGCAACCUAGAAUACCUUGGCGUAACUGAUCAUCCGAAAUCGUGGUUACCUAAGAGACGCAGUAAUACUCCGCAGCACAUGCUUGCGCCUUCGCAUAGGCCACCGUACAAAAGAGUGAACGACCGGCCACGAGGAGGGCCUCAUAGAUCUGUUGGUGGUCCCAGGUUCAGUUACAGAUCCGUCAACCGAGCUAAUACCGCGCUGUCGUAGGUUAGUAUCUGGACGGUGGACGAUAGUAGUCCAAUGUCGCACUGCCAGGCCAUAAGGAACAAUCACUCAAAGUAAUGUCCUGUUCCACUUCGCAGAAACAUCGGCGAGCUUAACAGAAGUUAAAACAACCUUUCCAAUUUGCACAGCCAGU